AGGGGAAUAGGUCACCACUUACGAUACAUCUUAUCUAACAACAAAGACAUCUCCUCGACUCGUUCCUAAGAACAAAGCUAGAACUACCUCGUCCACAUCGCCAUGUCCAAGGUCGCCCACUCUCAACCCGGCUGCGGUUCCUCGUCCUGCGCCUGCAAAGCAGCUUCUUCGUCAUCAUCCACCGUCAAGCUUCCCAAAUCCUCGACCACCACCAAAAACUCUGUAUGGGGUAUCGACACCCCCGUAACGGUAGACGAGACCUCUUCCCUGGUCCGCUCUUCCGGCAGCAAGUACGGCUCGACGCACGCUCAGAACAACGAGAGUAUCGAUUUCAACUCGAUCUUGCGUCCGACGCAUACCAUUGCCGACAAGUGUGAUCGACCCGGUGGAGUCUGUUGCAAGGAUGUAGUACAGGAGGAGAGGAAACUUAUUGACCCGGAUGUUGUCAGGGAUAUUAUCAUCGGACUAUCGGACGGCUUGACGGUACCCUUCGCCUUGACGGCAGGAUUGAGUAGCUUGGGAAGUUCCAAGUUGGUCUACAUGGGAGGCCUGGCCGAGAUCGUCGGAGGCGCCUUCUCGAUGGGUGUCGGUGGAUACCUCGCCGCCAAGGCCGAACAGGACACCUUCCGACACCGUUACUCGGAGAUCACCAACCGUCUCGCUAUCGCUUGCGACUCUGAGCUCGACCGUGAAGUGCACGACAUUCUCGGCCCCCUAGGUCUCCAGGAAAACGUCUCCCGGGUCGUCUCCCGCGCGCUGGCUCAAGCUCAACGAGCAGAAGAGGAUCGGGACGACCGAUUGUUCACCUCCAGCCUCGCCCAUCAGAAAUCGCUGUUCGGUCGACUAGGACUGACGAACCGACCGGUACCCAAGACGGGUACCGCAGCGUUCCUCUUGAAGCUCGGGGAAGGGAUGGAAGAGGUCCCCAGUAGCAGGCUGUUCUUGAGCGCGGUCACUAUCGGUCUGAGUUACGCGAUCGGAGGGAUCUUACCGAUCAUCCCCUAUUUCUUCAUCCCCGUCGCUUAUGACGCCUUGAAGUGGUCUAUCGUGGGAACGAGUAUCAUCCUCGUCAUCUUCGGAGCCUUGAAAUCAUGGUUCACAGGAGCAGCCCUUGGUCCCGCCGGAGUAGCCUGGGGAGCCAUCUCGACAUUAGCAGUCGUUGCCGCUGCCGCUGCGAUCGCUUGGGGUAUCGUCAAGGCUUUGGAGACGUAAUACACCCUCUCCCAGUGUUAGAUCCAAGAUAGAUGCGAAAUGAGAUGUUCAAUGUAAUAGUAACGACAGGCUCGGAUCGUCAAGCACGUGUCCGAGGUGUAACAAAUAUAAUCAUCUACAGUAC